CCAGGCACGAUACACACUUGAACCAUAUUAAGUUAAGCAGACCAAUAUAUUGGAUAUUGUUGUCCAACUGGAUGCUACUGAUCUAACAAAAGAAGAAGUUGAGAAGGAUGAGUUGAAGCACAUCAAGAUUUUCUCUGUUGUGGUAGCUUGACUGUACAGAUUUCCAGCAUUUCUUGUCUGAGUGGUUUAUACUGUUAACGAUGCAGUUCCAUAAUGGCUUGGCUGCCACCAAGCCAUUAUGCAUUUAGAAAAACAAACACAACUAACAUCUUUGAAUGCUUUUGAUUUAUUUUAGCAUUCAAAGUGACCAAAAAGUGCAUGUUUUGUAAUAUUACCUAGCCUAAAAUUGUUAAUUCUUUAUUUAAAUAUCUAGCAUUCUCAUUUUUAUUCACAUUUGGCAUUAAAAGUCAGUUUAUGAAUGCACAGUAGAAGAAUGUCAAAUUAAUUUACACUAGGGGGUGCUGUAAUGCAUAUCCUGAAAACUGUAUCUGUGACGUCUUAGUACACUAAAGUACACUAAAACCAACUCAUAAUCUGCAUGCUAAAUAUUAAAUCAACCCUUUAGAGUGACUGUACUCUGAUCUCCACGCAUAGGUCUUCAACUGCUUCAUUAGAGAUCAAAAUGAUUUCAACUUCAAUCAAAUUAGCAUCUCUAAUUAGUUAUUAGUCAUAUCUCUUGCCUGUACAUCAGAGAAGGAAAAUGCAAGUCAAGGACGUGCCCCUCAAACACAACUAGCAGCAAGCAGGAUAACCCUUCCCUUACCGUCUGCAGAGAUGAGCUCUCAGACACACAAUUACUUCUUUCACCUUUGCCUGGGAUAAAAGAGAAGUUACACGCUAGGUCUUUUUUGAAGACAAAUCCAGUGUGUGUAAUAAAAAGAGCUUUGCAAUGGCUGAUAAACAGAGACAGGCCUCUGUUGAACUGUUGAAUAUGUAGCCAGAAGGGCAUGGAAGAUCCGAUUUGGACACCAGCUUCUUAAAUUCAUCCUUCAAGAGCUUAAAUAACUAUUUCAGAGUGUAUGGGAUAAUAUUUUCCAUUUAAAAACUGAGUUGAAGGGUGAGAAAGUUCUUCUGAGGCCAGAAACCCAGUGUGUCUUCCAAUAAAUGUUUCUGAUUCAGAAAAACAAGUUUUUAAAGGGACAGUUCACCCAAAAAAAAAUGUGUCACCCUGUCAUUAUUUACUCACCCUCAUAUUGUUCCAAACAUUUAUGACUAUCUUUCCUCUGUGGAAUAUAAAAGGAGAUGUUAGACAGUAUGCCUCAGUCACCAUUCUUUUUUUUACAUCUCUUUUACAGUAGUGUUCCACAGAUGGAAAAAGCCAUAGGGGUUUUGAAUGGUUAAUAAUUUAUUUUUGAGGGAACUAUCUCUUUAAUUGUAACAGUAAAAGUGUCUUUUUUAAAUCACAAACAGCCAUAUUGGUAUAAUAAUAAUAAACUGUCUAUUUUUAGCCAAUGUUCAGUAAAAGUUCAUUUUUAGAUUUUUCCAAAAAUACUUUGACCACCAUAAAACUGUCUUUACAAUUGUGCUUUUGUGAGCUUAGGCAACAUAACAAUGACUACUAGAGGCAGCCUCUGUCACCCCAAAUGAAUGAACCCUUCCCAUAUUUAGCUUUACGAUAUGUUGUACACUAAAAUUAGGGGAGUGAACAGUUCACAACAGUUGGUUUUUGAGAACAUAUAGAAGGCAAUGUUGUCUAGUGAGUCUCAUCCAGAGACAGGCCCCUGGGUCAUUUAGAAACCACACAAAACAAGCAGUAUUUGUCUGUGACCCCCUCAAGCAGAAGUGACAGAUGGGGGAAGUCAUGGAUUGGUCACUUCACGCAAACAGAAGUGGGCGGACCCAUUGAAUUAGUGAUAUAGGGAAAAGACACUGGCCCUGCAGUGAUCAAAUCCGUCAGAUCAGUAAUCUAAUGGCUCUCUGUUUGUGGUGAUUACUGCGACCUGAAAUAAAAGGAAAGGCCUUGCCCUCGUACUAAUUAGGUCAUAUAGUUUCUCCUGGCUAGCUUUUAAAGACUGGACAGGGACCGGAGAGAACAGUCACUCUGAAUCCACUCUACAGUCUGGGAUCUUACCUACCUAGUGCUCCUAAACAGGACAGCAAGUGGACGUAUAGGGAUUGAGAAUGCCACAUUUAACUGACUGUAGUUUCUACAAGAUGAGAGACGCAGCUCGAGUUUCCAAUGUUCAAAGCCAUCUGGAGAACUCCAAGUACCAUCUCCACCAGACCCAGCAAGUCAAACAGUACCUAACUUUGGGCAGCAAGCUUGCUAGCCAGGCCCACCAGGUUGCCCACCCUCACCCGGGCCAAGCCAUAGGCACCGUGCCCGUCAUGCGCAACGGACACAUGCCGCCUGUGAGCGACAGCAGCAUGCCAGGAAGCCCUGUCACCCUGCUCACAUUGACCAAUCACGACAGCGAGUUUCCAAUGGAUGAAGUUAUUGAUGAUCUUAUUAGCCUUGAAUCUGGGUUCAAAGAUGGGGGUUUGGAUUGUAUGGAGCCAGGCAUCAUGAUGCAAAAUAAUGUGUCCCUGAACAACAGCAUGCUGGAUGUGUACGGUGGAAACCAAGGUAUGACUGCCUUUCAAGGUGGACUGACACCCCUCUUAUGCCCCACAAAGCUCUCAGUUAAAAGGGAAGUCACAGAACAAGAUACCAGAGUCAUGGCCAAAGAAAGACAGAAAAAAGACAAUCACAAUCUAAUUGAAAGACGAAGGCGAUACAACAUCAACUACAGGAUCAAAGAGCUCGGAAUGCUGAUACCCAAAUCAAAUGACCCUGAUAUGCGCUGGAACAAAGGGACAAUCCUCAAGGCCUCGGUGGAAUAUAUUAAGUGGCUACAGAAAGAGCAGCAACACGCCUGCGAUCUGGAGAGCCGACAGAAGAAACUAGAGCAGGCCAACAGAAGACUUCUGCUACGAAUCCAGGAACUGGAAAUGCAAGCUCGCGCUCAUGGUUUACCAAACAUGGCUCCUUCUAGGGGAGCUGUGGAACUUUCAUCUCACCUCCAAAAACAGCAACAGCAACAACAACAACAACAGCAGCAGCACCAGACCCAAAUCCCAGCGGUGCCUCCAAUCACCCAGGGGCCCCUGCAAGCUGUUCAACCACCUCUCUACCCUCAAGAGGACAUAAGUAGCCCGGAAUACAUCCAGAGAACACCCUUGCCGACAGCUAUGGAUGCUGGGAACACUGGAGAACAGACUGAUGGCUCCACAAACUUCUCUGAUCCUCUCUCCCACUUCACCGACUUCUUCGGCACCUCCUUGAAAGAAGAACAUCGACUGGAAGAGAUCCUCAUGGAUGACCCUCUCUCGCCUUUCGGAACUGACCCGCUUCUCUCUGCCGGAUCGCCCACAGCAUCCAAAGGAAGCAGCGGGAGCAGUUUUAGCUCAGAGGAAGCAGAUGAGCUUUGACUGUCUGGACGCCAACUUGAGGCCUCAACAUGAGCCUUCAUAUCUGUAACACUGUGUAACUGACCUCCCAUUUUCCUUUGGACUACAAAGACGGCAAGAAACCAGGCCUGUCUUGCGCCAAUGUUGAGUCAGACACAUCAAAAAAGGGAGACUGACUGAUCUACUGACAUUGAUCUACUGUAUAAAGGACUGCCUUUUUGGCAAUAACACUGGCUACAUAUACCAAAUGGAUUAUCAAAUGUAUAUUUCUGAAACUUAAUGGCAUUGUUUAUAUGGACCAGUUUUAAAGGAGUUAGGGAAAGAUCUUUUUGUGCCUUUUCCAAAGCUAGCUAACUUUAUUACCACUGAAACCCUAAAGCAAUGCAAAUGUAAAUAUACUAGGAAAAAAAACCUAACAUGUCUUUCUAUGUUUUAUACAUAAUGUAUUUUUCCAAAAGCAUACCUGUUCAUGUAUUUAUGUUUUAAUCCUUGUAUUCUUUAAAAAAAGAAAUUUCUUAAUCUAACAUGUUACUUUUAUAAUUAUAUAACUCUAGGGGUGUGGGACAACACAAUAAACCCCCUUUUUAAUAAAAAGAAAAAAAAAUGUAUUUAU